AUCGAGAGAAAGGGGCUAGUACGGCGCCACGAAUGUGUCAUAUUUAGCGACAAGCGUCUAGCGCCAUAUAUAUCAACGACGUUAGUACGUAAGUUGAUGGGUGAGCAGACGGACCGACAUGGCCAUUAGGUAGGUAUGUUAUGGGACAUCACCUAGCUGAGUAGAGAAUAGGUAUAGGCCUACGGAUUGCCAUCGCCGAGAUCAUCCCAAGUACCACCUUAAGUCCCUUCAUAGUCUAGCGUGUAGUCGCAACCAGCCACUGAGAACCUGAGAUAUACCUAGAGAAUUUUGCUGCUUCGCACAAGACGACGAUCACUUCGCAAUUGGCUUAGAAGCUGUGGAACGACGAUUAAGUUUUUUGCAUGAUUCCCCCCUGCCGUAGAUCCAAACUUCCAGCUCGGUUACGACGAGUGUUGUGGGUUGACCAUAUACAUAUCCCCCAUGGGAUCCUCUCUAUUGCCCGAGAUCUGUAUGUUUCGGAUCUUGCUGCCAUUUUGCUUGCCCGGUCUCGUUCCAUAGGGCAAAAAGGCGAAACGUCAAAAUGGCGGCGGAAGAUGAACACCUGGGGCAGAGGAUGAACGCCGUCAACUGGACCCUGACAGCGUUGGCGGCGACAUUUCUUAGUCUGCGAGUAUACUGCAAGUUUAGUCGACAUAGGGGCUUGUGGUGGGACGAUCACAUCUUGAUAUUCGCUUGGAUGUGUCUCGUCAUCGCAGUUGGUUUCAUCACCAGCUCGAUAUCCUUAGGAUUUACCAGCCCGACAGGCCCUAAAAGCCCAGAAGAUGCGACCCGACUUCAGAUUCACGGGGGUGUACAAAACGUAUUUUUCGGGUUGGCCACGGCUAUGAGUAAGACGUCGUUCGGAGUAACACUGUUGAGAGUCACGGAAGGCCGUAUAAGAAUGCUCGUCAUGUUUCUCACCGUCACCUUGAACGUGGCCAUAUUCCUUUACAUCAUCUUCACGUUCUUCAAGUGCCAGCCGGAAAUCUAUUCUUGGAUAAAAGGACCUGGCUGCUGGAGCACGGAGAAAUACAUCCAUUAUGGGAUCUUUGCUGGAGCGUACUCCGCGUUUGUGGACUUUUCGUUCGCAACGAUUCCCUGGUUCUUGAUCAUGAACCUUCAGAUGAGAACUAGGGAGCGGUUCGGAGUCGCAAUAGCUAUGAGCUGCGGUGCAAUUGCUGGGGUAACGGCUAUCAUGAGAUGUGUCUACUUACCUCUUCUCGCUAAAGGAACAUUUUCUACCCAAGGAACAACACUUGUUAUAUGGUAUGUGGCUGAAUCAUCGGUUACCAUCAUCGCCGCGUCGAUACCCGUUCUGCGAGCUUUGAUAAAGGAGAUAUCAUCGUCCAUCGAUCGCUACGGCCGUAGCACUGCGAACAAAUCCGGCAUGAAAAGCCAGACGAGAAGUACACCUAGGGUCCUACAUCCAAGUAAUAUUGUUACAACGGUGGUCAGCUCCCGUAGAGACCCUAACGAAGCUGGCGAUGCGAGUAGCGAUAAGAGUAUUCUUGACGCAGCGCACGCACCAGGGAAAACUUCGCUGGGAAGGAUUGUACAGACACAAGAGGUUAGGCUGAGUUACCACGAUCGAAGCGAUAUGGAUAGCGAAGCAGGAUAUGAGAUGGAAUACAUGGGGAGGAAGUCGUCUUAAUCUAUGAUACCCUUAAUUAUCAUGAAUUCAUGUGUAUGAAGACCUGAUACGAUACUCACGAUAUACAUACAACAUAAAAGCGAUAUGGUUUUAGCCUACAAGAUAUUAUCAAAACUGAUUCGGACGGGAGCGUUUCUUAACUUGAGGGGAUUAUGUAAUAUCAUAGAAGUGUCGCGAUUCAGAGAGGCAGAGAAGGGUCCUCGUAAGCACAUGUACAGAAUGUACAGAAUCGGAG